AUGGCGAGCGAGGAGGAGGCCAGAAGACGCCCAUCGGUUACCUCCUCUUCUGUCGGUCUUGAGUCCCUGUUCCCUUCAGGGACAUCGGAACAAACCCGCGGGGACGAAAACCCGGAGCUCGUCCGCCUGCGGGAGCGUCUUCAGGGUUGGCUAUCGCAGUAUGAGCCCCUACUGCUAUGGGUGCAGAGGCUGUUGGUCUGGGAGAGGCCAUUCUACAGCAUCUCUGUCGCCCUGACACUCAACACAUUAUUUUGGCUCCUGUCAUCCACCUCCUUGCGGCCUCUGUUCCUGUUGAGUGUGUCCCUGCUGGGAGUCAUGCUCCUGGAGAGAUGGAAGCCCAAGUUGCCCAUCAUUACCGUGGAACAUGCAGAGGCUCAUCCUGUACAAAGUGACACAAUGAGUGUGGAGCAGCAUCUGCUCAGUAUUCCUGAGCUCAGCCACCACCUGGCUGAAAGCUACCUGACCUACUGCCUGUACCUGCAGGAGAUGCUGCAGUACAAACAACAGAACCAUGGCAAGUUCUGUGUGAUGAUGUGCAGUGGCUGUCUUGUACUUGCCGUGGUUGGGCAUUAUGUACCAGGAAUCAUGAUCUCCUAUAUUAUUGUCCUGAGCGUGCUGUUGUGGCCGCUGGUGGUGUACCACGAACUGAUCCAGAGGAUGUACACCGGCUUGGAGCCAAUCCUGAUGAAACUGGACUACAGCAUGAAGGGAGAAACCGAGCACCGCAAGCACGACAAGAGGAAGGUGAAGAAGGAGAUGGAGGAGGGGGACGAGCCAAGAGCUGAAACGGAGAGUGACAGUGAGGAGGAGCUGUCCUGUUUUGCCCCAACGGUGGAUGUGAAGACCACAGCUCUGGCGAUGGCCAUCACAGACUCGGAGCUGUCAGAUGAGGAGGCAUCCAUCUUGGAGAGCGGAGGGUUCUCCGUGUCAAGAGCCACCACCCCUCAACUCACUGACGUCUCUGAAGACCUGGACCAGCAGAGUUUACACAGCGACCCAGAGGAGUCCUACCUGCGGGAUCUGCCUGAGUUCCCCUCCGUUGAGGAGUUCCCGUCCAUCGAUCACAACCUGCUCCACUUCCCUCUGCGAGGCCCCGGGCACGGCGACGGAGUCCAGGCUGGUGCUCAGUCCGAGAGGGAACCGUUGAGUCCCGCCAGCCUCCUUAUCCAGCACCUAGCGUCUCCGCUCCACUUUGUGAACACGCACUUCAACGGACAUGGGCGACCACCUGGGGGUGAGGAGGGCAUGUUGCCUGCGCCAGGCGCAGGGGAGGCAGCAGGGACGCGGGAGGAAGAGGAGAAGGAAGCUGCAGUAGCCCAGGGUACACAACAGUCCUUGGAGGCGUUGAGCGAGGAAAUAGUGAGCACAGCCAUCUCCACAGUGGUGCAGAACACUCUGUCGGCCAUGCUGCGCUCCAGCGAGGCCAGCGAGGAGCCCUCCCUGGCCGAGUUCCUUCCCACUGAAACCCCACCUGGCCCUCUGGAGACCUCCACCCCACCCACCGAGACCACUGCUAACACUACGAUUACUACAAUAGGAGCGCUGGGGGCUGACCAGGACCUGGAUGAGGCGAUUACGACAGAAAGCGGCACCGGAGAGGCGAUGCCCGACGACGCGCUAGUUCCGACCGAGGAAGAGGACUUUGAGCUUCUGGACCAAAGUGAACUGGAGGGGCUGGAUGAGGCGCUGGACCUCAUCUCUGCCAGACAGGCAGUGGGAGGAGCCUCGGGAGCUCCAGAGACGCCUCCGUCUCCUCCGCAUCAACCACAGUCAUAGCUUCCCUGUUUUGCUCCCCCUGCCCCCCAACUGUUUUGUUUUUAUUUCUACAUUAGACCUACAUUAUAUCCAUGCAUACUGCUAUUUACAAAACAUGAAUCAAAGAGUUUGCCAUUUAAUACUGUUGGUUGGUUAUUGUGUGGCAUGUGGAUGAGAUCACUCGGUGCGUUGGAAGGGUCUGUUCAGCCUCCGUUUGCAGUAGGGAUUUUUUUCGGCCUGCUGGCCGGACAGUAGAUCAUGUUCUGGGAGAGCAGGCUCAGGGCAGAACUUCAUUCUUGUCAGGGGUUGAACAACAUUGAAAUUUGCUUGAUAAAUUUGCAGGCAAAUAUCUUACAGCGUAGUGGAAAAAUCGGUCCCAUGUUCAGUCUCGCGUCAGAAUGACGACGCCUUUAUUUUCUACCGUGGCUGAGAGCUUAAUAACCCUUCCGUCUUGUUUUCAUAAGGGUCUUUAUCUCGAUGGUGUUACGAAGAGUUGAAAUGUUGGAUUAUAUAACAAUUAAUAUAUGCUCUAAAUUAUUUUAUUUAACGUCAUUCGAUGAUACUUUAUUGUUAAGCUGAGGGGAAGUUUUAAAGUAAAUGGAAUCCCUUCGGUUGCCCAUAAUGAUUGUAUGAUAAUUGUUUUAAUGAUGACACCGUGGACGUCCAGGUUUAAAAUGUUGUCUGCUAUUCCCAGAGUUAGACUUAGUACAACAAUAGUGUUAUCCUUCACUUCAUCCUUACCUCCAAGGUCUCCGAGGUUACAGUUUUGACAGAAACAUUCAGUCAUUAGUGGUCUUUCACUUGUUGCCUGGAAAACGGAAACUUAAUCUUUGACAUUGUUGGAUGUUAAAAAGUAGUAGAUCUUUACCCGUACACGUAAGUGACGUUGACAUGGCAAGAUAAAAGAAAUGUUCCUGAAUUUUUGUCUCUGUGGUUGAUGCCUCGUUUUUAUUAAUAUUUGCGAAUAGAAUUUAAUUUCACACAUCCAUUAUGUAAUUGAAUUCAUUCUUGAUCUACAACUCUGUUAAAAGACACGCUUCUUGUUGAUAGGCCCGUCUGUGCCCAACCAUUUCUUACAUGUAUAGUCAAGUCAUACAUGUAGUAAAGUAAAGUCCAUGCAUGCCAUGCAUCACGCAUGUAUUUACCAUGACAAAUAUUUGAGGUCAAUUUUCAAAGGCGUGUUACUUCUACUGGCGCAGAUUUAGGCCUGCACGAUUCAGGGAAAAAUAUGAAUCACGAUUUUUUUAGCUUAGAAUUGAUAUCACAAUUCGCUGCCACGAUUUAUUUUUCUCACAAAGUGUAGUGUUUAUUGCACACGUGAACCAUGACAAAACAAAACAAACUGGCAGUACCAAACAUAGAUUUGUUUUUGGCACCUAUAGCACAUUGCGCAUCCCCACAAGCCUGAAAACAUAGAGGCUACAAUGAAUAAA